UGUGAGAAAGCAAGAGGCGCGCUAGGAGAGCGCGGGAAAGAUUGCUGGGGAGGCAAAUGUACACAUCAUUCCACAGCAUCCAGGCUUGCUGCAGCCCCUGGCUGGGUAAGGGGUGUGAUGUGAGAGUGGGGUGGGAGGGGGCAGCAGGCGUGGCCUGCCACGUCACUUGGAGAGUGUUGGGGAGGAAGGGCAGAGCGGAGAGCUGAGCCUACUGCUGUUGCUGCUGCUGCUGCUGUUGUUGCUGCUGCUGCUGCUGCUGCUGCUGCUGUUGCUGCUGUUGCUGCUGCUGCUGUCGCUGCUACGGGUGUAGCCAAGGCUUGAAGCGGUGGGAGGUGGGUCCCUGCGCUCCGGCGCUGGGGCAGCCUUAGGGUAGUCCCGAGGCCUGUGGAACAGCUCCUGGGAAGAAGGUGGCGGUUGGAACCGCGACCUUGGCCAGACCUAGUUCGGUGGUGGACAUAGGGCGGAGGCGGAGGCCGAGCCCGGGCAGGAGUCUUUGGUGAGCCGGAGGGAGGCGCAUCUGGCGCUUCAGUACCAGCGGCAACCCAGGGUCUUGUAAGGCUGGAAAAGAACAGCGGGACCCGGACAGAGACAGUGGGUCUGGAGGGCGGACCCGUGGGUCCCAGAGCCCAGAUUAAGUCACCAGCGGGAGCUAAGCCACGCGUCUUUUCCGGCAGCCAGUUUCACGCGCGCGACAGUUUGCGGGUUCCAGGCAUCCCAGUAAUCUUGAGCACGGAGGCGCGGCUAUUGGGAACCAGAGCCACAUCCCUGACCUAGCCUGGCAGAGGGACCAGCUGCAGGUUUCACCGACCUAACCGCCAGGUCAGAGCGCGGGCCCCACCCUAAAGGAGGGCGCAGCCGGAGCUGGGAAACGGGUACCGCGCUCCGGAGCUAGUGUCGUGGGCGCCGUCCUAGUGGCGGGGAGCGCACUGCCAAGGGGACAUGAGAUCGGAGAAAUCCCUGACGCUGGCGGCGCCGGGGGAGGUCCGUGGGCCGGAGGGGGAGCAACAGGAUGCCGGAGAGUUCCCGGAGGCCGCGGGCGGCGGCGGCUGCUGUAGUAGCGAGAGGCUGGUGAUCAACAUCUCCGGGCUGCGCUUUGAGACGCAGCUGCGCACCCUGUCCCUGUUCCCUGACACGCUUCUGGGAGACCCUGGCCGCAGAGUCCGCUUCUUCGACCCCCUGAGGAACGAGUACUUCUUUGACCGCAACCGACCCAGCUUCGAUGCUAUUCUCUACUACUAUCAAUCCGGGGGCCGCCUGCGCAGGCCGGUCAACGUGCCCCUGGACAUCUUUAUGGAAGAGAUCCGCUUCUAUCAGCUGGGGGACGAAGCUCUGGCGGCUUUCCGGGAGGAUGAGGGCUGCCUGCCUGAAGGUGGCGAGGAUGAGAAACCACUCCCCUCCCAGCCCUUCCAGCGCCAGGUCUGGCUCCUCUUUGAGUACCCAGAGAGUUCUGGGCCCGCCCGAGGCAUUGCCAUCGUCUCCGUGUUGGUCAUUCUCAUCUCGAUCGUCAUCUUUUGCCUGGAGACCUUGCCCCAGUUCCGAGCAGAUGGGCGUGGUGGAAGCAACGAGGGUAGUGGGACUCGCUUGUCCCCGGCCUCCAGGGGGAGCCACGAGGAAGAAGAGGAGGAUGAGGAUUCUUAUGCAUUUCCUGGUGGCAUUCCUCCUGGAGGGUUGGGGACCGGGGCAACGUCCUCAUUCAGUACUCUUGGGGGUUCCUUCUUUACUGACCCCUUCUUUCUGGUGGAAACUUUGUGUAUCGUCUGGUUCACCUUUGAGCUCCUGGUGCGCUUUUCUGCCUCUCCCAGCAAGGCAGCCUUCUUUCGCAAUAUCAUGAAUAUCAUUGACUUGGUGGCCAUCUUCCCCUACUUUAUCACCCUGGGCACCGAGCUAGUGCAACGACACGAGCAGCAGUCCAUGAGUGGUGGCAGUGGCCAAAACGGGCAGCAGGCCAUGUCCCUAGCCAUCCUCAGAGUGAUCCGCCUGGUCCGAGUGUUCCGCAUCUUCAAGCUUUCCCGCCAUUCCAAGGGGCUGCAGAUCCUGGGUAAGACCUUGCAGGCAUCCAUGAGGGAGCUCGGGCUGCUCAUCUUCUUCCUCUUCAUCGGAGUCAUCCUCUUCUCCAGCGCCGUCUACUUCGCAGAGGCGGAUGAUGAUGACUCGCUCUUCCCUAGCAUCCCAGAUGCCUUUUGGUGGGCUGUGGUGACAAUGACCACGGUAGGUUAUGGGGACAUGUACCCCAUGACAGUGGGGGGCAAGAUCGUGGGUUCACUCUGUGCGAUUGCUGGGGUCCUUACCAUUGCACUACCGGUACCAGUCAUUGUCUCCAAUUUCAACUACUUCUACCACCGAGAGACGGAGCAGGAGGAGCAAGGCCAAUACACUCACGUCACCUGUGGGCAGCCUACCCCAGACCUGAAGGCAACGGACAAUGGGCUUGGCAAGCCUGACUUUUCCGAGGCUUCACGAGAAAGGCGGCCUAGCUACCUUCCAACUCCACAUCGAGCUUAUGCGGAGAAAAGAAUGCUCACCGAGGUUUGACAGAUGCAGGCAGGGCCUGCAGGAACACGGGAGCUCUGAGCAAGCCAUCUCUCAGGCUUCCUUCACAUGCUCACUACUCCCGCCAUAGUUCCCGAGGACCUCGAAUCCCCUCCCCCCCGUACCCAGUACAUGGCAUCCUGGACCAAAAACCUGGACUGUAGACUGUUGCUCGAUCCUCACAGCAUUCGAGGUUUCUCCAUCUUAGUGACAUUUCGAAAAUUUCAACGGUGCCGCCCAAUCAUACCCAUCUGUCAAGUGGAUGAGAUACACAUUUCUGCCUGACCUUCCUUCGAGACUGAAUUUUCAUGCCUGGGUCUUGUGAUACCACUAGGAAUGGUGACGUCAAUAGAAUAGAAAGCAGCUACACUCGGGUCCCUUCUCUAGUGUUCUUUGCUUUGGGUUGUGCAUCCUUCUUAGCUUCUGGUCACUGAUCACUGACAGAAUCUGGAGAAUGGAAAAGAAUUCAACUUGCUGCCUUAGCUCUGAGCCCUGUCCAUCUUCCGGCUGGUAGAGCUGUUAGCCGCAGUUUUGAAAGUUAUUCAUGCCUAAAUUUGGAUGGAAUUAGAGAAAAUAGUACCCAGCUGGAUUCUUUGAAGGACGUGAGGGUCAGUUCUAGACCAAGGGGGCCGGUGGAUUCCUCUAGGAAUGAUUUGGCACAGGAGACGCUGGCUGUGGUCCACCUAAGUCCUCCUGCUCCGAUUCUCCGGCUCCCUAGAGCUUCCAGGAAGGCUCCUUCUCAGAGCCAAAUCUUUGUGCAAACGUCUUUGUGGGCAGAGGAACUGGAAAAAGGAACUACAGAGCCAGGAGAGAAGGCUGACCAGAGCCAAGUGAUUGGCUGUACCACAUAUCUGAAGCGAGGUGCCACUUAGCAGAGACUGUCACCUUAAACAGGCAGAGGGGACUCCGCUGCAGAGAGCCUCCAAUUCUCCCUAGUUAGUCCAGACCUGUCUAAUGUCCCCUUCACCCUUCUUCCUGGGAAUCUGACCUAGGAUUGCAGAUGAUUUUUUUUUAAAUAAAACAACCUCAGCUAUAACCUGCAGACAGGUGAGUUCACAUAUUGAAUGCCAGCAUAGCUGUCCUCCCCCGCCAUGGGCAACAACAGUUGAUUUGGAGCCAGGAACAGGCGCACGGUCAUGUUGUUGCCAGCCUCACUCUUAGAGGAUUUUGCUGAGUCAAGCAAAUGUUUGUCUGCUCUUCCUGGGGAGCAGCAUUUGGCCUGCUCUAACUGCUGAGGUUCCCACUGGGACCAAGCCAUCUUCUCCCACUCCCAGCCACCCACUGCCUGCCUCUCCAAGUAGCAUUGCCCUUCAGUUUUGCCUUUGAUAAACUGUGAUGUACUGUUCUCAGUUCUCAUGAGCACAGUUCCUAACCCCAAAGGACUGUUACCAUGCUUUCAGUUUUAUAUUAAUGCUUUAAGACUCUUUGAAGGGAAUGCUUUUUUUCUAAAAAAGAUUUUCUCGAAGAGCAUCAUACUAGGGCCUGACCUUGGGGAUUGGCUUGAGAGGCACUGUGACUCCAGUCAGUGACAGACCACAGUCUCAGCUUUGCCACAGCUUUACAGGGUAGCUUUGGUGUCAGAGUCCCUCUUUGUGCCUCAGUUUCCCCAUCCGUUAAAUGAGAACAUUAA